UCGCUUAAUUUUUAUUUUUUUUUUAUUUUUUUUUAAUUACUUUGGUAAAGAGCAGCGCCCCGUUGCCCGGCGGUGGGGUGCGGGAGGGGGAGCGCGGAGCCGCCCCGGCUGGCGGCGUGCUCCCUCGCCACAACAUGGCGGGCGCGGAGCCCUUCGCGGCGGUGCUGGCCGCCCUGCGCGGCUGCUACGCCGAGGCCACCCCGCUGGAGACCUUCAUCCGGCGGCUGCGGGAGAGCGGCGCCGGCGAGGCCGAGGUGCUGCGGGGCGACGACGCCCCCUCCUACCGGACCUUCGUGAGGCAGUGCCUGGUGUGCGUCCCCCGCGGGGCCCGCGCCAUCCCCCGGCCUUUAACCUUCCAGCAGGUAGGAGGCCGGGUGCCACUGAUGGUGGCCCGGCUCGCACCUGCCUCGGGCCCGAGGUCCGCCCGCCCCCCACGGCCACCCGGCUGGCGGAGCGGGGCUUCCCCGUCGGCAGCGUUAUCUAGUCAGAGUGAAGUCAUCACAAGAGUUGUUCAGAGACUGUGUGAAAAAAGGAAGAAGAACAUCCUCGCAUAUGGAUACUCCUUACUGGAUGAAAACAGUUCUCAUUUCCAAAUCAUGCCAUCUUCAAAUAUAUACAGCUACCUACCCAAUACUGUGACUGAAACCAUUCGUAUCAGCGGCCUCUGGGAAACACUGCUGAGCAGGAUAGGGGAUGAUGUGAUGAUGUAUUUAUUGGAACACUGUGCAAUCUUUAUGCUGGUUCCCCCUAGUAAUUGUUACCAAGUUUGCGGGCAACCAGUUUAUGAACUUAUUUCACAUAAUGUAGACUCACCCCCAGUGUUUGUUAAACAAAAGUUUUCGAAGCAUAAACGUAGUAGCUUGCUUGACUAUAUGCAAAAAAGACUUACGUUUCAUAGACAGUAUCUUUCAAAGUUGCAUUGGUGGAAACGCAGACAAAGACUUGAAGCUAAUGUCUCCAGCAUGGGAAAUAAAAACAUUAGCAAGACACAAAGCCUAGAGUCCAGUUGCCAGUAUUCUGCAAAAGUUGUUCCUAAAGCAAGCAAACAGAUCAGAAUGGUUAGCGAACAUCUGGAAGAACAGAGUAGCUCCAGUUUAUGUUUGUCAGCUACAGCACCAUCUUUAAAAAGGAAGCUUGAUAGGGAACAGCCUGAAAUUCCAGCUAAAAGAGCAAAAGUAGAGGAGAAAAUGAGAGAGGAAAAGGCUUGUAAUCUCACUCUCGAUGUAAACCAAAGCAGUUCCAAGAGAUAUGAAACUGGGUAUGUAGCAUCACAUUCUGUAAGUUUCAUUAAAGAAACGCACAUUUCUCAAGGAAGUAACAGUGAUAUGUCUGGUCCUUCUUUAGUGCACACGUCUCGUGACAGGAAGAAGUUUGUGGCAGGUGAAAGCUCUUUUCUGCAAAUUGUUCAGAGUAACAGACCUGUAAAGUCCAGCAUUGAAAUGGAAGCAGAAUCCCAUAGGAAAGGAGUAGAGAUGCAUGUGUACCAACCUCAGUUGGAUUCUGUACAAAUCAAACCCACGGAGGGCAUUUCUUCAGUUUGCCAGAGGCAGGAAAGUCCCUUAGCUCCUUUGGCAAAGAAGUUGCCAAAUAAGCUCUUGCGUUCCGCAGUAUGCAUUGACAGGAAGUUUCUUCUGUACUCCCACAGGAGUUUCCAAGAAUGUUUUCCUAAAUCAUUUCUAUUGAAUCGCUUGCAGGGCUGUCAGGCAGGUGGAAGACGGCUUGUAGAAGCUAUAUUUUUAAGCCAAAAUCUCUCAGAGCAAAAGCAUAACCAAAGUCAGCCACAUCACAACUGGAGAAAGAAGAAGCUGCCCAAACGCUACUGGCAAAUGAGACAUACAUUUCAGAACCUGUUAAAGAACCAUGGGAAGUGCCCUUACUUGGUUCUCUUGAAAAAAAAUUGCCCUGUUUGGAUAUCUCAAAGCAGUGUGAGAAAAACUGAGCUGCCUUCUCAGGCAGCCUUGCCUGGGGAAGCGGAGGUUCACGAGCAAGCAGAACAGUUUGGGAAAGAGCCUACUAAGUGUGUGACAAGCAGCAAAUGUGAAUCUGGUCACAUUGACAAUUUGGGCACUCCUCUUGCAAAAUCUGUGCCUGGGGAGUCGGUGAGUGAGGAGCAAAGCCUGGGGGAGGUGUGUGAUGCCACCCUCAGGGAUCUCCUGAGGCAGCACAGCAGCCACUGGCAGGUGUAUACCUUUGUGAGGGAGUGCCUGGAGCGGGUCAUCCCUGCCGAGCUUUGGGGUUCAAACCAUAACAAGUGCCGGUUCUUAAAAAAUGUGAAAGCGUUCAUUUCCAUGGGGAAGUUUGCUAAGCUUUCGUUGCAGGAGUUGAUGUGGAAGAUGAGAGUGAAUGACUGCGUGUGGCUUCGUCUAGUCAAAGGUAGUGAAGGUGAUCACUUUGUUCCUGCUCAUGAACAUUGUUUCCGAGAAGAACUUUUGGCUAAAUUCCUGUACUGGCUGAUGGAUACCUAUGUUGUUGAGUUGCUCAGAUCAUUUUUCUAUAUCACUGAGACCAUGUUCCAGAAAAACAUGCUUUUCUACUACCGAAAGUUUAUCUGGGGCAAGUUACAGAACAUUGGAAUUAGAAACCAUUUUGCCAAAGUACAUCUACGUGCUUUAUCUUCAGAGGAGAUUGAAGCUGUCCGUCAAAAAAAAUAUGUUCCUAUGGCAUCAAAACUCCGGUUCAUUCCCAAAACGAAUGGGUUAAGACCCAUAGUAAAAGUGAGCAGUGUGGUUGAAGCACGAGCAUUCAGCAGGGAGAGCAGAGAAAAAAAGAUGCAUCACUACAACACUCGGCUAAAAAAUCUAUUUAGUGUCUUAAAUUAUGAACGGACCAUAAACACCAGUUUUAUCGGCUCUUCAGUGUUUGGGAAAGAUGAUAUCUACAAGACAUGGAAGAAGUUUGUUACAAAGGUUCUUGAAUCAGGUGGUGAAAUUCCUCAUUUCUACUAUGUAAAGGCUGAUGUGUCCAGGGCUUAUGAUACUAUUCCUCAUGAUAAACUUGUGGAAGUGAUUUCACGGAUCUUAAACCCUGAGAAAAGAACUGUCUACUGCAUACGGCGCUAUGCUGUGAUUAUGAUUACCACAAGUGGAAAAGCCAGGAGGUUCUAUAGGAGACAUGUUUCUACUUUCAAGGAUUUUAUGCCAGACAUGAAGCAGUUUGUGUGUCAGCUUCAGGAGAAUACCUCAUUGCAAAAUGCAAUAAUAGUUGAACAGAGCUUAACUUUUAAUGAGACAAGUUCCAGCCUGUUUACUUUUUUCCUUCAAAUGAUACAUAACAACAUCCUGGAGAUUGGGAGCAGAUACUACUUACAGUGCUGUGGAAUUCCACAGGGCUCCAUUUUGUCAACUUUACUUUGCAGCUUAUGCUAUGGAGACAUGGAAAACAAAUUGCUCUGUGGAGUACAGCAGGAUGGAGUCCUAAUACGUCUCAUUGAUGACUUUUUGCUGGUUACGCCACAUUUAACACAGGCAAGAACUUUUCUAAGGACUCUAGCAACAGGUAUUCCUGAGUAUGGCUUUUUAAUAAACCCCAAUAAGACAGUCGUGAAUUUUCCUGUUGAUGAUAUCCCAGGAUGUUCCAAAUUUAAACAGCUGCCAGAUUGUCGUUUGAUCCCGUGGUGUGGUUUAUUAUUAGAUAUACAGACACUUGAGGUUUACUGCGAUUACUCCAGUUAUACCUGCACUUCUAUCAGAUCAAGUCUUUCCUUCAAUUCAAGUAGAACAGCUGGGAAAAACAUGAAAUACAAACUGAUCACAGUCCUCAAACUGAAAUGCCAUUGUUUAUUUCUUGAUUUACAGAUCAACAGCCUUAGAACAGUUUUCAUUAACAUCUACAAGAUAUUUUUACUUCAGGCUUACAGGUUCCAUGCCUGUGUUCUCCAACUUCCAUUCAACCAGCAAGUUAGAAACAAUCCUUAUUUCUUCCUAAGGAUCAUCUCUGAAACUGCAUCAUAUGGCUAUUCUAUCCUGAAAGCAAAAAAUGCAGGGGUAACUUUAGGUAACAAAGGUGCAUCUGGCCUGUUCCCUUCUGAGGCAGCAGAAUGGCUCUGCUACCAUGCUUUCACUGUCAAACUGGCAAACCACAAAGUUGUUUACAAAUGCUUGCUUAAGCCCCUAAAAAUCUGUAAGAUGCGGCUAUUCAAGAAGAUCCCCAAGGAUACUAUGGCACUACUGAAGACAGUGACAGAACCGUCUCUUUGUCAAGAUUUCAAAGCUAUCCUGGACUAGCUGAUUUAAGCUUAUUUCAUGAUUUUUCCAGGUUUGAAAAGGAAUGUCUUUAGAUGACUUUUCUCUGUAGUUUAUUUUCGUAGAGUGGACCAAAAGCAACUUCACUCAAAAGUUCUCCAUGUUUGUUUCCCAGAUGCCACACAAGGACUUAAAAAGAGCAGACAAUUUUGUUAGUACCUUCAUGUUUUUGUUUUCCUGUAAAUUCACGGGCUCUUUGAAGCAAUUGACUUGUUUCGUUCAGUAAUUCUCAUCUUCUAGAUGAAGAUAUCAUUGAAGUAUGUUCUGUAUGAACAGAUCUACUUUCUUGUUUCAGUGUGGUGUUUCUGAAAAACUGUUCUUUGCUUCUCUGUGUUGCAGACUGUUUUAUAAUAAAUUGUUUGGUUAAUUG